AUGGCAUCGAGGCCCGACAUUGACGAUGAGGAUCUCACCUUCCACUGCUGCGCGCCUCUUCGCGCCUCUUCGAUGCUGAGGCCCAUUGAAGUCGGCGAUAUUGGCGGCCCAGGCCACGCCGGCAAAUCGACGUUCCUCGCCUGGCCCAUCUUCGGCCCCCUCCUCUUCCAGAAUGAAACCAGCGACGCGCGGGACCACUGCGCGAAUGAGAGGACGUUCCUCUCCUACCUCCGCCUCUCCGUCUACAUGUCCAUCGUCGCCGUCGCCAUCGUCCUCUCCUUCCACCUAAAGUCGGAGCCUAGCCAGCUCGAGCUGCGCAUGGCCAAGCCUCUGGGCAUCAUCUUCUGGAUCCUCGCCGUCGCGUGCCUGUGCCUCGGCAUCGGCAACUACAUCAAAACCGUAAACAAGUAUAGUCGGAAAGCCGCCAUCGUACAGACGGGUUGGCGGACGCAACUUGUCCUUUCCAUCGUGGCCCUCAGCAUCAUCGGGACCUGCGUUGUGCUGCUAGUCGUCGCCAAGAUCACCGCCAGCACCCAACAAAUAGACUCGUCAAACAGCGCGGCCUAUGUAGCAGGCCACGUUUUGUAG